AUGAGUGGUGUUAUUAGUCAAGAUGACUUUAACCUCUUGCAAGAACAACUAAUCGAAUUAAAGAGAUAUAAAUAUGAAACAUCUGAAAGAGAGAAGAAAUUCAUUACAGAAAUCAAACAUCAAAGAGAACAUAUUGAAACUCUAGAAAAUGAACAACAACAAUCAAAGAAGACUAGUAAUGCAUCAUCUCUGUUUUCAAAUCUAAAGACCAAGGUUCUCGACAAGGGAAAGAUGAAUGAAGUCCUCGAAGAGAAUGAAGGUUUAAAGAGAACUAUUACAGAGAAUGAAAUAAUCAACAAAGAACAAGUAAGAGACUCUUGUCAAAGUGAAGCAUUAAAAUUAAAUAUAAAAUCAAUGUAUGAUAAUAAUAAGGUAUUGGAAGAAGAAGUAUUACAAUUGAAAAAGGAGAUACAAGCAUAUACACUUAAAUCAGAGGAUCAACAACAAAAGAUCAAUAAAUUAAAUGUUGAUAUGGUUGAUUUACACAUGACAAAUGAAGAGUUGGAGAAUCAAAUAGAGGAAUUAAAAUUGGUUUCCACCUCUUUUUCGUCGUCAUCGUCAACCAAUAUAGUAUCUGCAAUUGGUAAUGUUGAACAACCACCAAUGGAUGGAGCUGAACAACAACAACAGCAACAAAUCAGUUCACCGUUACUCAUUUCAAAUAAUAGUGCCAUUUUGGAGGAACUAAUCAAUUCAAUUGAAAAUGAUCAAGAACUAUGGACCAUUUCAUCAUCGUCAGAUAAUACUGAUGACUCAUCGUCGGUAGAGUUAAAGAGAACUAAGCUAAGAGAAAAAAUCAACAAGAUUAUUGGAAGCAAUCAACACACAUCACCACCCAUUUCAUCGUCAUCACCUCCACUACAACACAAAAAGGAGGUUAUCUUUCAUCCAUUGGGUGCUCCAACCUACGACCCAGGAGAAGAAAAGGAAAAACAAAAAUUAAGAGACACUAUCAAAGGUUUGAUGGAACAAAUCAAAGAGUUUGAUGGUAAAACACUAAAGACUACAUCGGAAAUUAGCUCUCUACAAACACAAGUCCAAGAAUUGACUGCAUCCAACACAUUGUGGCAAGAAAAACAUAGAAAUGCAGAGAUCAACAGAGUAAAGAUCGAAGAAAAGUUGGAACAAGAAAUUAAAAACUUAAAUGUAGAUCUAUCAGUCACCAAACAAGAAAAGGUUGAACUCUUAAACCAAAAGGAACAAGAAAAGGCCAUAAUCAUCAAAGAAAAGGAACAAGAACGAUUGGAACUUUUAAAUCAAAAGGAACAAGAAAAGGCUAAACUUAUCAAAGAAAAGGAACAAGCCCAAUCUGAACUCAUCAAAGAAAGAGAAACUUUAGAAUCUUCAAUCUCUGUUUCAACUUCAAAGUUUUCAAAUCAUGUUCAUAAUUUAGAAGAAGAAAUUAAAGCUACUAGAAAUCAAAUUGAUAUAUUAAAUGAUAAAAUAGUAAAACUUAAAAAUAUAAAGGAUCAAAAUUCAGAUUUGAUAAAGACAUUAAAUGAAGAUAUUGCAAUCAAGGAAACAUUGAUACAAAACAAGGUAGAGGAUAAUAAUCAUCUAAAGGAAAAUGUAAAACAAUUGGGUGAAGAGUUGGCAGAGACUAAAAAGACUCUAGAUGCAAGAGACCAAGAGUUUUCAACCACAAACAGUCAUUGUCUCGAGUUGGAAGAUCGACUCAAAAAGGCAGAUGAAAAGGUAUCUCGAGAGAGCAGCAACUUUUAUUCAAUGACUGAUCAAUUCAACAAAUUGAAUUCGGCCAUGACAGCUCUUGAGACCAAGAACAAGGAAAUCGAACAUAGCAACGUUGAACUCGUCCAAGAGAACCAACUCGUCAUCAAGGAACGUGAUACUCUUCAACAAGAUCUAGAAUCGACCCAGACCCAAUUGACAGAAACCAAACAACAGUUGGAAGAACAUGAAACAAAGGUUAACCAACUAACAAGUCAAUUAGAGGAAACAAGCAGUAAAUUACAAGAGUGUACUGAAGAGUUGGAUGGUCUAAAGGUUACAUACGACAAGGUCAAUGGUGAACACAUUGAACUGUUGGCAGAAACUGCAAAACUACGUGUUUUGACUGGCGAGUUGGAUAGCAUCAAGUCGCAGUACAGUUCACUACAAGAAAAGGUUGGCAAGUUGGAAGUUCAGUUGGCCGACUCUGAAACGGAACGAAAGAUUGCCGAAAAGAAGAAUAUCAGAAUGAUCAAGGAUCUAAAGUCUGAAUUGUCAAAGGAAAGAUCAUCUGUUAAUCUCUUGUCACAGUCAUCGAGUAAUGUUCCCAACACCCCCACUCAGUCGCCAAUGAUGUCCCAGUCGGUUGGCAGUGUCUCGCUACCCACCACCCCACUCUCGACACCAUUGAAAUCACAUCAACGUACACUUUCUCGAGGCACCGAACCUUUCCUCUCGAGUAGUCCAUCGAAAUUAAAUAACCCACAAUUUAUGGUCAAGAGUUCAAGUGUAAACAACCUAGACUACCAUCAACAACAACAAAUACAACAACAAUAUCAACAACAAUUACAACAACAAAUGCAAUACCAGCAACAACAACAACUAACAUCGAGUACUUCGAGUUCGAGCUCAUUUACUUCUCAGAGUGUCAAUGACAAUGGUAAUUUAAAGAUGGAUUUGGAGGUACUAGGAAAGAAACUUGGUGAUUUGGGAACUGAAAAGUACAAGUUGGAAGAGCGUAUUAGAACGCUCGAAGAAAAUGUAUUAAUAUUGAACCAAGAGUUGGACAAGAAGAACAAGGUUGUCAGAUUCUACAUAUCAAAGACCCAGUUGGGCAAGGCCACCUCGAUCGACGAGAAGGCCAAGCGACUAAAGGGUGGCGCAUCUGGAUCGUUUUGGAGAAACAAUGAUCCUCAAUUGGUUGGAGAGAUGGUUGAAAAGAUGGAAAUCAUGCUACAAGAAAACAUCCUCAAAAACAUUCAACUAUCAGAUGAUGUUGAAAUCUUGGGUAAUGAAACAAAUAGAAAAAUGAUGUUUAAAGUUUUCCUUGUUAUGGCCGCUGCUUGCGUCGCCAUGGUUGCUGCUCAAGCUCCAUCUUCCUGUACACCAUUCACUGAAUAUUCUUACGCAUAUUCUACCCUUGGUUUCAACUUCUUAAGAAGAAACUCUGUCUAUUCAUUCGCCGAAGCUGGAGGUGUCACUGCUGAUGUUACUGGUGGUCGUUUGUCUUCAUUCUUCCGUAUCUCUUUCAACAAUUCACAAAAUGUUCCAAUGUUUGAACAAGGUUUGACUUUCCAAUUCGGUGCCAACAACACUGCCUACGUACUCUCCAACGGCGUUUGCUUUGAGGGUCCAGCCAGAGAACCAAUCUCCAACACCUUUAUCCCAGCCUCUGCCAAGUUGGGUAACCAAGUCACCCUCGGUUCCUCCAAGUACAACACUUUCUAUGACCCAUUCCUUGAUGGACAACACAACUUUAUCGGUGUAUAUGAAGUCUCUACAUGUCUCCCAAUUACCCUCGGUCUCACCAACGUCGAUGACACUUUGGGUGAAGCCGUAACCAACAUCUUUGAUUUCAACAACCAAUAUGAUCCAAAUGCUUUCAACCUCCCACCACCAUGUUACACCCCAAUCAAUGCUGCCAAGUAUGAAGGUCUUUCUGAUGUCUUUGCCAAAGGAGGAGGGCGUUUCUUUUCCUUCAAACUUGAAGUUAACAAACAUCUUACUACGACAGAGUGUGAGAUAGAAGAUAUAUAG